AUGUUGUCAUUAAAAGCAUCAAGGGCUGAUAACUUUUAUUAUGGAAGUGUAGAAGAUGAACGAUCAAAGAAGAAAAAAGAAAAAGAAAUAAAAAAGAACAACAGAAAAGAUUAUAACGAAAUAAAAUUUGAAAUACCAUAUACUAUCAUAUGUACAAAAUGUAAAAUAUAUAUUUAUAAAGGGGAAAGGUUUAACAGUGAAAGAAGGAAAGCUGGGUAUUACUUAAGUACUUGUUUCUAUUCCUUUUCUAUUUUUUGUAAAAAUUGUUCCAACAAAAUUAUCAUUGAAACGAAUCCGAAAAAUUGUUCAUAUGAUAUUAUUGAGGGAGCAAGAAAAAAAAUUGAGCAUUUUGAAAAUGUGUUAACAGAAGGAGCAAAGAAUAAUUUUAACACAAUAGACUUUGAACAAAACAAAAAAAAAAAAGGAAACCCCUUUCUCCUUUUAGAAAUUAAUGCACUACAAAAGAAGCAGCUUCCAGUCCAUUUUCAAAAGGAGCAAAGCCAUUUUGUACACUCAGAUGGUGCAGAUAAUAACCUGCUUGAGGAAAAAAAAGGAAGAAAGGGAAAGAGUCAAAAGUGCGACGCGGGUGAGGAUAAAGCGGAUGAGGAUAAAGCGGAUGAGGAUAAAGCGGAUGAGGAUAAAGCGGAUGAGAAUAAAGCGGAUGAGAAUAAAGCGGAUGAGAAUAAAGCGGAUGAGAAUAAAACUUAUGAAAACAAAUCGGACGACAAAAUACCAAGUUGUGAAGCUAAUGGAAAAGAUUGUAUACAAGACGAAGUUGACCUUUCAACAGACGAAGAUAUAAAUGAUAUAAUAAAAGAAAAUUAUAAAAGAAACCACAUGCUUAAAAAUGAUUUUGUAUGCAACAGUAACUUAAGAAAGCAACUACGAGAUAUUAAAAAAGAUAAAAUAAAAAUAAGGGAAGAAUAUAAAAAAAAAAAUAUAUUUAUUGAUAUUGUAAAUGACCCUUAUGAAGAUUUAAAAAUCGAAAAAUUUAUUCUCUUCACUAAAAAACAUAGGAGUAGCAUUAAAGCCAAAAGUAAAUAUGCAAGAAAUACUUUAAUAAAGAAAAAAAAAAGGAGCAUAUUUGAUAAGAAGUACCUCAAGGUAGAGAAGUAG